AUGGACCUGGACGUGGACGUGGACGUGGACGUGGACGUGGACAUGGACGUGGACGUGGACGUGGACGUGGACAUAGACGUGGACGUGGACGUGGACGUGGACAUGGACGUGGACAUGGACGUGGACGUGGACGUGGACGUGGACGUGGACAUGGACGUGGACAUGGACGUGGACGUGGACGUGGACGUGGACAUAGACGUGGACGUGGACGUGGACGUGGACAUGGACAUGGACGUGGACAUGGACGUGGACAUGGACAUGGACGUGGACAUGGACGUGGACGUGGACGUGGACGUGGACGUAGACAUGGACAUGGACGUGGACGUGGACGUGGACGUGGACGUGGACAUGGACGUGGACGUGGACGUGGACGUGGACGUGGACGUGGACGUGGACGUGGACGUGGACCUGGACGUGGACGUGGACGUGGACGUGGACGUGGACGUGGACAUGGACGUGGACGUGGACAUGGACGUGGACGUGGACGUGGACAUGGACGUGGACGUGGUCGUGGACGUGGACGACGUGGACGACGUGGACGUGGUGGACGUGGACGUGGACGUGGACGUGGUCGUGGACGUUGACGUGGACGUGGACGUGGCCGUAGACGUGGAGGACUUGGACAUGGACAUGGACAUGGACGUGGACGUGGACGUUAUCGUGGACGUGGACGUGGACGUGGACGUGGACGUGGACAUGGACGUGGACGUGGACAUGGACGUGGACGUGGACGUGGACGUGGACGUGGACAUGGACGUAAACGUGGACAUGGACGUGGACGUGGAUGUAGACGUGGACGUGGACAUGGACGUGGACGUGGUCAUGGACGUGGACGUGGACGACGUGGACGUGGUGGACGUGGACGUGGACGUGGAGGACGUGGACGUGGUCGUGGACGUUGACGUGGACGUGGACGUUGACGUGGACGUGGUUGUGGACGUUGACGUGGACGUGGUUGUGGACGUGGACGUCGACGUGGACGUGGACAUGGACGUGGACGUGGACGUGGACGUAGACAUGGACGUGGACGUGGACGUAGACAUGGACAUGGACGUGGACGUGGACGUGGACGUGGACGUGGACAUGGACGUGGACGUGGACGUGGACAUGGACGUGGACGUGGACUUGGACGUGGACAUGGACAUGGACGUGGACGUGGACAUGGACGUGGACGUGGACGUGGACGUGGACAUGGACGUGGACGUGGACAUGGACAUGGACGUGGCCGUGGACGUGGACGUGGACAUGGAUGUGGACGUGGACGUGGACGUGGACGUGGACGUGGACAUGGACGUGGACGUGGACAUGGACGUGGACGUGGAGGUGGACGUAGACAUGGACGUGGACAUGGACGUGGACGUGGACGUGGACGUGGACGUGGACGUGGACGUGGACAUGGACGUGGACGUGGACGUGGACGUGGACGUGGUCGUGGACGUGGACGUAGACGUGGACGUGGACGUGGACGUGGACGUGGACGUGGACAUGGACGUGGACGUGGACGUGGACGUGGACGUGGACAUGGACGUGGACGUGGACGUGGACAUAGACGUGGACGUGGACAUGGACGUGGUCGUGGACGUGGACGUGGACGACGUGGACGUGGUGGACGUGGCCGUGGACGUGGACGUGGUCGUGGACGUUGAAGUGGACGUGGACGUGGUCGUAGACAAGGAGGACUUGGACAUGGACAUGGACAUGGACGUGGACGUGGACAUUAUCGUGGACGUGGACGUGGACGUGGACGUGGUCGUGGACGUGGUCGUGGACGUUGACGUGGACGUGGACGUUGACGUGGACGUGGUUGAGGACGUGGACGUGGACAUGGACGUGGACGUGGACGUGGACAUGGACGUGGACGUGGACCUGGACCUGGACGUGGACAUGGACGUGGACGUGGACGUGGACAUGGACGUGGACGUGGACGUGGUCGUGGACGUGGACAUGGACGUGGACGUGGACAUGGACGUGGACGUGGACGUAGACGUAGACGUGGAUGAGGACAUGGACGUGGACGUGGACGUGGACAUGGACGUGGACGUGGACUUCGACGUGGACAUGGACGUGGACGUGGACGUGGACGUGGACGUGGACAUGGACGUGGAUGUGGACGUGGACGUGGACAUGGACGUGGACGUGGACAUGGAGAUGGACGUGGACGUGGACGUGGACGUGGACAUGGAUGUGGACGUGGACGUGGACGUGGACGUGGACAUGGACGUGGACGUGGACAUGGACGUGGACGUGGACGUGGACGUGGACAUGGACGUGGACGUGGACGUGGACGUGGACGUGGACAUGGACGUGGACGUGGACGUGGACGUGGACAUGGACGUGGACGUGGACGUGGACGUGGACGUGGACAUGGACGUGGACGUGGACGUGGACAUGGACGUAAACGUGGACAUGGACGUGGACGUGGACGUGGACGUAGACGUGGACGUGGACAUGGACGUGGACGUGGUCGUGGACGUGGACGUGGACGACGUGGACGUGGUGGACGUGGACGUCGACGUGGAGGACGUGGACGUGGACGUGGACGUGGACGUGGUCGUGGACGUUGACGUGGACGUGGUGGACGUGGACGUCGACGUGGAGGACUUGGACGUGGACGUGGACGUGGACGUGGUCGUGGACAUGGACGUGGACGUGGACGUGGACGUGGACGUGGACCUGGACGUGGACGUGGACGUGGACAUGGACGUGGACGUGGACGUAGACGUGGACGUAGACAUGGACGUGGACGUGGACGUGGACUUGGACGUGGACAUAGACGUGGACGUGGACAUGGACGUGGACGUGGACGUGGACGUGGACGUGGACGUGGACGUCGACAUGGACAUGGACGUGGCCAUGGCCGUGGACGUGGACAUGGAUGUGGACGUGGACGUGGACGUGGACGUGGACGUGGACAUGGACGUGGACAUGGACGUGGACGUGGACGUGGACGUAGACGUGGACGUGGACAUAGACGUGGACGUGGACGUGGACGUGGACGUGGACGUGGACAUGGACGUGGACGUGGACGUGGACAUGGACGUGGACGUGGACGUAGACGUGGACGUGGUCGUGGACGUGGACGUAGACAUGAACGUGGACGUGGACGUGGACGUGGACAUGGACAUGGACGUGGACGUGGACUUGGACAUGGACGUGGACGUGGACGUGGACGUGGACGUGGACGUGGACGUGGACAUGGACGUGGACGUGGACGUGGACGUGGACGUGGACGUGGACAUGGACGUGGACGUGGUCUUGGACAUGGACGUGGACGUGGUGGACGUGGACGUGGACGUGGACAUGGACGUGGACGUGGUCGUGGACGUCGACGACGUGGACGACGUGGACGUGGUGGACAUGGACAUGGACAUGGACGUGGACGUGGACGUUGACGUGGACGUGGACGUGGUCUUAGACGUGGAGGACUUGGACAUGGACAUGGACGUGGACGUGGACGUUAUCGUGGACGUGGACGUGGACUUGGACGUGGACGUGGACGUGGACAUGGACGUGGAUGUGGACGUGGACGUGGACGUGGACAUGGACAUGGACGUAAACGUGGACAUGGACGUGGACGUGGACGUGGACGUGGAUGUAGACGUGGACGUGGACAUGGACAUGGACGUGGUCGUGGACGUGGACGUGGACGACGUGGACGUGGUGGACGUGGACGUGGACGUGGAGGACGUGGACGUGGACGUGGACGUGGUCGUGGACGUUGACGUGGACGUAGACGUUGACGUGGACGUGGUUGUGGACGUGGACGUGGACGUGGACGUGGACAUGGACGUGGACGUGGACGUGGACGUGGACGUGGACAUGGACGUGGACGUGGACGUGGACAUGGACGUGGACGUGGCCGUGGACGUGGACGUGGACGUGGACGUGGACGUGGACCUGGACUUGGACGUGGACCUGGACGUGGACGUGGACAUGGACGUGGACGUGGACCUGGACGUAGACAUGGAUGUGGACAUGGACGAGGACGUGGACGUGGACGUGGACGUGGACAUCGACGUGGACGUGGACAUGGACGUGGACGUGGACGUGGACGUGGACGUGGACGUGGACAUGGAUGUGGACGUGGACGUGGACGUGGACGUGGACGUGGACGUGGACGUGGUCGUGGACGUGGACGUAGACGUGGACGUGGACGUGGACAUGGACGUGGACGUGGACGUGGACGUAGACGUGGACGUGGACGUGGACAUGGACGUGGACGUGGACGUGGACGUGGACGUGGACGACGUGGACGUGGUGGACGUGGACGUGGACGUGGUCGUGGACGUUGAAGUGGACGUGGACGUGGUCGUAGACAAGGAGGACUUGGACAUGGACAUGGACAUGGACGUGGACGUGGACAUUAUCGUGGACGUGGACGUGGACGUGGACGUGGAUGUGGACGUGGAUGUGGACGUGGUCGUGGACGUUGACGUGGACGUGGACGUGGUCGUCGACGUGGAGGACUUGGACAUGGACAUGGACGUGGACGUGGACGUUAUUGUGGACGUGGACGUAGACGUGGACGUGGUCGUGGUCGUCCACGACGAGGACUUGGACGUGGACGUGGUCGUGGACGUGGACGUGGACGUGGACGUGGUCGUGGACGUGGACGUGGACAUGGUCGUGGACGUGGACGUGGACGUGGACAUGGACAUGGACGUGGACGUGGACGUGAACGUGGACGUGGACGUAGACGUGGACAUGGACGUGGACGUGGACGUGGACGUGGACAUGGUCGUGGACCUGGACGUGGACAUGGACGUGGACGUGGACGUGGACGUGGACGUGGACAUGGACGUGGUCGUGGAGGUGGACGUGGACGUGGACGUGGACGAUGACGUGGACGUGGACGUGGACGUGGACGUGGACAUGGACGUAGACGUGGACGUGGACGUGGACAUGGACGUAGACGAUUUGGACGUGGUCGUGGACGUGGACGUGUACGUGGACGUGGUCCUUGUCGUGGACGUGGUCGUAGACGUGGACGUGGACGUGGACGUGGACGUGGACGUUGACGUGGACGUGGACGUGGACGUGGACGUGGACGUGGACGUGGACAUGGACGUGGACGUGGACAUGGACGUGGACGUGGACGUGGACGUGGACGUGGACGUGGACGUGGACGUGGACGUGGUCGUGGACGUGGACGUGGACGUGGACCUGGACGUGGACGUGGACGUGGACGUGGACGUGGACGUGGACGUAAACGUGGACGUGGACGUAAACGUGGACGUGGACGUGGACGUGGACGUGGACGUCAACGUGGACAUGGACGUGGUCGUGGACGUGGACAUAGUCGUGGACGUGGACAUGGACGUGGACGUGCACGUGGACGUGGACGUGGUCGUGGACGUGGACAUGGUCGUGGACGUGGACGUGGACGUGGUCGUGGACGUGGAGGAUUUGGACGUGGUCGUGGACGUGGAUGUUGACGUGGUCGUGGACGUGGACGUGGUCGUGGACGUGGAGGACUUGGACGUGGACAUGGACGUGGAUGUGGACGUGGUCGUGGACGUGGUCGUGUACGUGGACGUGGUCCUGGUCGUGGACGUGGUCGUAGACGUGGACGUGGACCUGGAUAUGGACGUGGACGUGGACGUGAACGUGGACGUGGACGUGGACGUGGACGUGGACAUGGACGUGGACGUGGACGUGGACGUGGACGUGGACAUGGACGUGGACAUGGACGUGGACGUGGACGUGGACGUGGACGUUGACAUGGACGUGGACGUGGACGUGGACGUGGACGUGGACGUGGACGUGGACAUGGACGUGGACGUGGACGUGGACGUGGACGUGGACAUGGACAUGGACGGCGUGGACUUGGACGUGGACAUGGACGUGGACAUGGACGUGGACGUGGACGUGGACGUGGACAUGGACGUGGACGUGGACGUGGACGUGGACGUGGACAUGGACGUGGACGUGGACGUGGACGUGGACGUGGACGUCGACGUCGACGUCCACGUGGACAUGGGCGUGGACGUGGACGUGGACGUGGACGUGGACAUGGACGUGGACGUGGACGUGGACGUGGACGUGGACAUGGACGUGGACGUGGACGUGGACGUGGACAUGGACGUAAACGUGGACAUGGACGUGGACGUGGACGUGGAUGUAGACGUGGACGUGGACAUGGACGUGGACGUGGUCGUGGACGUGGACGACGUGGACGUGGUGGAGGUGGACGUGGACGUGGAGGACGUGGACGUGGACGUAGACGUGGACGUGGUCGUGGACGUUGACGUGGACGUGGACGUUGACGUGGACGUGGUUGUGGACUUGGACGUGGACGUGGACGUGGACGUGGACGUGGCCGUGGAGGUGGACGUGGACCUGGACGGGGACGUGGACAUGGACGUGGACGUAGACAUGGACGUGGACGUGGACCUGGACGUGGACUUGGACGUGGACGUGGACGUGGACAUGGACGUGGAUAUGGACGUGGACGUGGACGUGGACGUGGACGUGGACGUGGACGUGGACAUGGACGUGGACGUGGACAUGGACGUGGACGUGGACGUGGACGUAGACGUGGACGUGGACAUGGACGUGGACGUGGACGUGGACGUGGACGUGAACGUGGACAUGGACGUGGACGUGGACAUGGACGUGGACAUGGACGUGGACGUGGACAUGGACGUGGACAUGGACGUGGACGUGGACGUGGACGUGGACGUGGUCGUGGACGUAGACGUGGACGUGGACGUCGACGUGGACGUGGACGUGGACGUGGACGUGGACGUGGACGUGGACGUGGACAUGGACAUGGACGUGGACGUGGACGUGGACGUGGACGUGGACGUGGACGUGGACGUGGACAUGGACGUGGACGUGGACAUGGACGUGGACGUGGACGUGGACGUGGACGUAAACGUGGACGUGGACGUAAACGUGGACGUGGACGUGGACAUGGACGUGGACGUGGUCGUGGACGUGGACGUGGACGACGUGGACGUGGUGGACGUGGACGUGGACGUGGAGGACGUGGACGUGGACGUGGACGUGGUCGUGGACGUUGACGUGGACGUGGACGUGGUCGUGGACGUGGAGGACUUGGACAUGGACAUGGACAUGGACGUGGAUGUGGACGUUAUCGUGGACGUGGACGUGGACGUGGACGUGGUCGUCCACGACGUGGACUUGGACGUGGAUGUGGUCGUGGACGUGGACGUGGACUUGGUCGUGGACGUGGACGUGGACGUGGUCGUGGACGUGGACGUGGACGUGGACGUGGACAUGGACGUGGACGUGGACGUAAACGUGGACGUGGACGUAGACGUGGACAUGGACGUGGACGUGGACGUGGACGUGGACAUGGUCGUGGACGUGGACGUGGACAUGGACGUGGACGUGGACGUGGAAGUGGACGUGGACGUGGACGUGGACAUGGAGGUGGUUGUGGACGUGGACGUGGACGUGGACGUGGACGUGGACAUGGACUUGGACGUGGACGAGGACGUGGACGUGGUCGUGGACGUGGACAUGGUCGUGGACGUGGACGUGGUCGUGGACGUGGAGGAUUUGGACGUGGUCGUGGACGUGGAUGUUGACAUGGUCGUGGACGUAGACGUGGUUGUGGACGUGGAGGACUUGGACGUGGACAUGGACGUGGAUGUGGACGUGGUCGUGGACGUGGUCAUGUACGUGGACGUGGUCCUGGUUGUGGACGUGGUCGUAGACGUGGACGUGGACAUGGAGGUGGACGUGGACGUGGACGUGGACGCGGACGUGGACGUGGACGCGGACGUGGACGUGGACGUGGACGCGGACGUGGACGUGGACGUGGACGUGGACGUGGACAUGGACGUGGACGUGGACGUGGACAUGGACGUGGACGUGGACGUGGACGUGGACGUGUACGUGGACAUGGACGUGGACGUGGACAUGAACGUGGACGUGGACGUGGACGUCGACGUAGACGUGGACGUGGACGUGGACAUGGACGUGGACGUAGACGUGGACAUGGUCGUGGACGUGGACGUGGACGUGGACGUGGACAUGGACAUGGACGUGGAUGUGGACGAGGACGUGGACAUGGACGUGGACGUGGACAUGGACGUGGACGUGGACGUGGACGUGGAUGUGGACGUGGACAUGGACGUGGACGUGGACGUGGACGUGGACAUAGACGUGGACGUGGAUGUGGACGUGGAUGUGGACGUGGACAUGGACAUGGACAUGGACGUGGACGUAGAUAUGGACGUGGACAUGGACGUGGAGGUGGACGUGGACGUGGACGUGGACGUGGACGUGGACAUGGACGUGGACGUGGACGUGGACAUGGACGUGGACGUGGACAUGGACGUGGACAUGGACGUGGACGUGGACAUGGACGUAGACAUGGACGUGGACGUGGACGUGGACGUGGACAUGGACGUGGACGUGGACGUGGACGUGGACAUUGACGUGGACGUAGACGUGGACGUGGACAUGGAUGUGGACAUGGACAUGGACGUGGACGUGGAGGACUUGGACGUGGACAUGGACGUGGACGUGGACGUGGACGUGGACAUGAUCGUGGACGUGGACGUGGACGUGGACUUGGACGUGGACGUGGACGUGGACGUGGACAUAGACGUGGACAUGGAUAUGGACGUGGACAUGGACGUGGAUGUGGACGUGGACGUGGACAUGGACGUGGACGUGGACGUGGACGAGGACAUGGACGUGGACAUGGACGUGGACAUGGACGUGGACGUGGACAUGGACGUGGACAUGGACGUGGACGUGGACGUGGACGUGGACAUGGACGUGGACGUGGACGUGGACGUGGACGUACUCAUUGACGUGGACGUAGACGUGGACGUGGACGUGGACAUGGAUGUGGACAUGGACAUGGACGUGGACGUGGAGGACUUGGACGUGGACAUGGACGUGGACGUGGACGUGGACGUGGACGUGGACAUGAUCGUGGACGUGGACGUGGACGUGGACUUGGACGUAGACAUGGACGUGGACGUGGACGUGGACGUGAACGUGGACAUGGACGUGGACGUGGACGUGGACGUGGACAUGGACAUGGACGUGGACGUGGACGUGGACGUAGACGUAGACGUGGACAUGGACAUGGUCGUGGACGUGGAUGUGGACGUGGACGUGGACAUAGACGUGGACGUGGAUGUGGACGUGGUCGUGGACGUGGACAUGGUCGUGGACGUGGACGUGAACGUGGACGUGCACAUGGACAUGGACGUGGAUGUGGUCGUGGACGUGGAUGUUGACGUGGACGUGGACGUGGUCGUGGGCGUGGAGGACUUGGACGUGGACAUGGGCGUGGACGUGGACGAGGUCGUGGACGUGGACGUGGACGUGGACAUGGACGUGGACGUGGACGUGGACGUGGACGUGGACGUGGACAUGGACGUGGACGUGGACGUGUACAUGGACGUGGACGUGGACGUGGACAUGGACGUAGACGUGGACGUGGACAUGGUCGUGGACGUGAACGUGGACGUGGACGUGAACGUGGACAUAGACGUGGACGUGGACCUGGUCAUGGACGUGGACAUGGUCGUGGACGUGGACGUGAACGUGGACGUGCACAUGGACAUGGACGUGGAUGUGGUCGUGGACGUGGAUGUUGACGUGGACAUGGACGUGGACGUGGUCAUUGACGUGGAGGACUUGGACGUGGACAUAGACGUGGACGUGGACCAGGUCGACGUGGACGUGGACGUGGAGGACGUGGACGUGGACGUGGACGUGGACAUGGACAUGGACGUGGACGUGGACAUGGACGUGGACGUGGACGUGGACGUGGACAUGGACGUGGACAUGGACGUGGACGUGGACGUGGAGGUGGACGUGGUCGUGGACGUGGUCGUGGACGUGGACGUGGACGUGGACGUGGACGUGGACGUGGACGUGGUGGACGUGGACAUGGACGUGGACGUGGACGUGGACAUGGACGUGGACGUGGACAUGGACGUGGACGUAGACGUGGACGUGGACGUGGACGUGGACGUGGUCGUGGACGUGGACGUGGACGACGUGAACGUGGACGACGUGGACGUGGUGGACGUGGGCGUGGACGUGGAGGACGUGGACGUGGACGUGGACGUGGACGUUGACGUGGACGUGGACGUGGUCGUGGACGUGGAGGACUUGGACAUGGACAUGGACGUGGACGUGGACGUUAUCGUGGACGUGGACGUGGACGUGGACGUGGUCGUCCACGACGUGGACUUGGACGUGGACGUGGUCGUGGACGUGGACGUGGACUUGGUCGUGGACGUGGACGUGGACAUGGUCGUGGACGUGGACGUGGACGUGGAUGUGGACAUGGACGUGGACGUGGACGUGAACGUGGACGUGGACGUAGACGUGGACAUGGACGUGGACGUGGACGUGGACAUGGUCGUGGACGUGGACGUGGACGUGGACAUGGACGUGGACGUGGACAUGGAGGUGGUUGUGGACGUGGACGUGGACGUGGACGUGGACAUGGACAUGGACGUGGACGUGGACGUGAACGUGGACGUAGUCGUGGACGUGGACAUGGUCGUGGACGUGGACGUGGACGUGGUCGUGGACGUGGAGGAUUUGGACGUGGUCGUGGACGUGGAUGUUGACAUGGUCGUGGACGUGGACGUGGUUGUGGACGUGGAGGACUUGGACGUGGACAUGGACGUGGAUGUGGACGUGGUCGUGGACGUGGUCUUGUACGUGGACGUGGUCCUGGUUGUGGACGUGGUCGUAGACGUGGACGUGGACAUGAAUGUGGACGUGGACGUGGACGUGGACGUGGACGUGGACGUGGACGUGGACGUGGACGUGGACAUGGACGUGGACGUGGACGUGGACGUGGACGUGGACGUGGACGGGGACGUGGACGUGGACAUGGACGUGGACGUGGACGCGGACGUUGACAUGGACGUGGACGUGGACGUGGACGUGGACGUUGACAUGGACGUGGACGUGGACGUGGACGUGGACGUGGUCGUGGACGUGGAUGUGGACGUGGACAUGGACGUGUACGUGGACGUGGACGUGGACGUGGACAUGGACGUGGACGUGGACGUGGACAUGGACGUGGACGUGGACGUGGACCUGGACGUGGACGUGUACGUGGACAUGGACGUGGACGUGGACAUGGACGUGGACGUGGACGUGGACGUAGACGUGGACGUGGACGUGGACAUGGACGUGGACGUAGACGUGGACAUGGUCGUGGACGUGGACGUGGACGUGGACGUGGACAUAGACGUGGACGUGGAUGUGGACGAGGACGUGGACAUGGACGUGGACGUGGACAUGGACGUGGACGUGGACGUGGACGUGGACGUGGACAUGGACGUGGACGUGGACGUGGACAUAGACGUGGACGUGGAUAUGGACGUGGACAUGGACGUGGAUGUGGACGUGGACGUGGACAUGGACGUGGACGUGGACGUAGACGUGGACAUGGACGUGGACGUGGACGUGGACAUGGACGUGGACGUGGACAUGGACGUGGACGUGGACAUGGACGUGGACAUGGACGUGGACGUGGACGUGGACGUGGACAUGGACGUGGACGUGGACGUGGACGUGGACGUUGACGUGGACGUAGACAUGGACGUGGACGUGGAGGACUUGGACGUGGACAUGGACGUGGACGUGGACGUGGACGUGGACAUGAUCGUGGACGUGGACGUGGACGUGGACUUGGACGUGGACGUGGACGUGGACGUGGACGUGGACAUAGACGUGGACGUGGAUAUGGACGUGGACAUGGACGUGGAGGUGGACGUGGACAUGGACGUGGACGUGGACGUGGACGUGGACAUGGACGUGGACAUGGACGUGGACAUGGACGUGGACGUGGACAUGGACGUGGACAUGGACGUGGACGUGGACGUGGACGUGGACAUGGACGUGGACGUGGACGUGGACGUGGACGUGGACAUUGACGUGGACGUAGACGUGGACGUGGACGUGGACAUGGAUGUGGACAUGGACGACGUGGAAAUGGACGUGGACGUGGACGUGGACGUGGACGUGGACAUGGACGUGGACGUGGACGUGGACGUUGACGUGGAUGUGGACGUGGAGAUGGACGUGGACGUGGAGGACUUGGACGUGGACAUGGACGUGGACGUGGACGUGGACGUGGACAUGAUCGUGGACGUGGACGUAGACGCGGACUUGGACGUGGACAUGGACAUGGACGUGGACGUGGACGUGGACGUGGACGUGGACAUGGACGUGGACGUGGACGUGGACAUGGACGUGGACGUGGACGUGGACGUGGACGUAGACGUAGACGUGGACAUGGACAUGGUCGUGGACGUGGAUGUGGACGUGGACGUGGACGUGGACAUAGACGUGGACGUGGAUGUGGACGUGGUCGUGGACGUGGACAUGGUCGUGGACGUGGACGUGAACGUGGACGUGCACAUGGACAUGGACGUGGAUGUGGUCGUGGACAUGGAUGUUGACGUGGACGUGGACGUGGUCGUGGACGUGGAGGACUUGGACGUGGACAUGGGCGUGGACGUGGACGAGGUCGUGGACGUGGACGUGGACGUGGACGUGGACAUGGACGUGGACGUGGACGUGGACGUUGACGUGGACAUGGACGUGGACGUGGACGUGGACGUGGACGUGGACGUGGACGUUGACGUGGACGUGGACGUGGACAUGGACGUGGACGUGGACGUGGACAUGGUCGUGGACGUGAACGUGGACGUGGACGUGAACGUGGACAUAGACGUGGACGUGGACGUGGUCAUGGACGUGGACAUGGUUGUGGAUGUGGACGUGAACGUGGACGUGCACAUGGACAUGGACGUGGAUGUGGUCGUGGACGUGGAUGUUGACGUGGACGUGGACGUGGACGUGGUCAUUGACGUGGAGGACUUGGACGUGGACAUAGACGUGGACGUGGACGAGGUCGUGGACGUGGACGUGGACGUGGUCCUGGACGUGGACAUGGACGUGGAGGACGUGGACGUGGACGUGGACGUGGACGUGGACGUGGACAUGGACGUAGACGUGGACGUGGACGUGGACAUGGACGUGGACGUGGACGUGGUCGUGGACGUGGAUGUGGACAUAGUCGUGGACAUAGACGUGGACGUGGACAUGGAAGUGGACAUGGACGUGCACAUAGACGUGGACGUGGACAUGGACGAGAACGUGGACGUGGACGUGGACGUGGACAUGGACGUGGACGUGGACGAGGUCGUGGACGUGGACGUGGACGUGGACGUGGACGUAGAGGUGGACGUGGACAUGGACGUGGACGUGGACGUGGAUAUGGACGUGGACGUGGACGUGGACGUGGACGUGGACAUGGACGUGGACAUGGUUGUGGACGUGGACAUGGACGUGGACGUGCACGUGGACGUGGACGUGGUCGUGGACGUGGACAUGGUCGUGGACGUGGACGUGGUCGUGGACGUGGACGUGGACGUGGACGUGGACGUGGACAUGGACAUGGACGUGGACGUGGACAUGGACGUGGACGUGGACGUGGACGUGGACAUGGACGUGGACGUGGACGUGGACGUGGACGUGGACAUGGACGUGGACAUGGUUGUGGACGUGGACAUGGACGUGGACGUGCACGUGGACGUGGACGUGGUCGUGGACGUGGACAUGGUCGUGGACGUGGACGUGGUCGUGGACGUGGAGGACUUGGACGUGGUCGUGGACGUGGAUCUUGAUGUGGUCGUGGACGUGGACGUGUCCGUGGACGUGGAGGACUUGGACGUGGACAUGGAAAUGGAUGUGGACGUGGUCGUGGAUGUGGUCGUGUACGUGGACGUGGUCCUGGUCGUGGACGUGGUCGUAGACGUGGACGUGGACAUGGACGUGGACGUGGACGUGGACGUGGACGUGGACGUGGACAUGGACGUGGACGUGGACGUGGACGUGGACGUGGACGUGGCCAUGGACGUGGAAGUGGACGUGGACGUGGACCGAGACAUGGACGGGACGUGGACGUGGACGUAG